AUGCCGUGGACUAUUGUAUGUUUUGAAGAGGAAAACUGCGUCGAAAUAGUGCCUGAUUAUUGGUUUAAAAAUGGUUGUUGUGCGUGGCCAAAAAAGAGUAUAAAAAAUUAUAAAAAAUUUGUUGAUCGCCAUAUUGAACCUAAUGAAAUAGAUUUUGACUAUUUCAAGGCAAGGUCCAUGUCUCACAAUAUUGUUAGUUUACAUGAUGCACGGGCAAAACUAAAAAUUGCUGAAGAAACAUCAGAAUUAUCUACUUUUGAAAAUGAAAAGUCAACUCGAAGUGAACGGCACCGUCAACCUGAUUACUCUUAUAACAUUAAACAUAAAGAAAAAACUAAGAUGCCAAAGCAGUCAAGAAAUAGAAAUUUUAAUGAUUCUGAAGGAAUUUCUAUUGAAGAUCCUCCUGUACUCAACAGUAGUGACGGUGAUGUAUUAGAUGAUGAUAAUGUAUUAAAUUCUCCAUCAGGGAAAUGGAAUGUAUCUAAAAUAGAUAAUAAUACCAUGAUAGUUGGAACCAGUAAAAAAAGACUUGAUUUUACUAAUACACAUACACCCAAAUCAUCAAUUAAAAAAUCACCAAAUUAUUCGCCAAGUCUAAGAAAACUAAAAAAAGUUCCAUCUAACUCAACAUCAGACUUUGAAAUUAUUACAAAUGAAGAGAGACGAGACGGAAACUCCAAAUCACUAUUAUCUUUGCCUAAUAGUAAUAGUAAAAAAAUUAGAAAUAACGGAUACUUUGAAUCACAUUUGUCAUCUCUCACAGGUGAAAAUAAUAUGAAUAAAAAUGACUCAAAUUCUGAAACAGGAAACAAUUACUCGACACUUAUAGACGUUGUAAAUCAACUGGUACGCUCAACUGGAAAUCUUAAAUAUGAAAUAAGAGAACUGAGUAAAAAAAUUGACUCUUCAGAAAACAUCAUGAUGAAUUAUAUUGCAGACAAUUAUCAUUCUAUUCCACGUUCCAACAAUGCAGAUAAUAAUUACAUAGAAGAUGAUGUGUAUUGCUUUCCAUUAACAACAAUUGAAGAAUUAAACACUUUUGAAGAAAAGCUGUCUUCUGACAAUAUAUUUUGUAAAAAAAUGAUCAGUGAAUUGUCAAGAUUAGAAAGAUCAACUAUUUCAGAAACAACUAGACAAAUCAUGUCUAAAAUCUUUCAUGACAAUUUGCUUACACAGUUCUCGUACCAAGGCCAAAAGAAAAAACGAGUGUUCUCUAUACUGAAAACAUGUACUAUAAGAAGUAUUAGAAAAUAUAACAAUUGUCCAGAGAUAGAUGUAUUGAAGCCAAUGAAAGUGUAUAUGGCUAAUGCUAAAAGCCGGGAAGAUGGAAAACAAAAAAAAAUCAAUGACAAUCAGGAACCGCAAUUAUCUACAUAA